UAAAGAAAGUCUGUCGUUCAUUCCGAUGUGAACCUUCGCGGUGCAUCACCGUGUUUUGUGCCAUACCUUUUGUUUUCUCGCACGUAACAUUGUUAUAGAAAAAGAUAUGUACAGUGUAUAAACUGUGUUAUUAUGAAGCUGACUGGUGUAUUAGGUCACGCGCCUAACAGCAGAGUUCGAAGAACAGCAACCAGGCUCUGCAGCCUUCAGUCAUGGAAGAGGCGGCUACCGGUCACAAUAUGGCUGCCGAAGUACACCUUCGAGUUCUUAUUACGAGAUAUUAUAGCAGGUAUUACUGUGGGAUUGACUUCAAUACCUCAGGGCAUCGCUUACGCAAUGGUCGCCGGCCUGCCUCCACAGGUAGGUCUCUACUCCAGUAUAUUUCCUGGUCUGGUGUACAGCAUGUUUGGCAGCUGCAAAGAUGUGACGGUGGGACCCACUGCGAUACUGUCAGCUCUGCUCGCUAAAUACGUGGCCAAAUCCGCUGACUUCGCGUAUUUAGCAUCGUUCCUCUCUGGGUGCAUUAUCAUGUUGUUGGGGAUAUUGCAAUUAGGAUUUCUACUCGAUUUUAUAUCGAAGCCAGUCAUAUGUGGAUUUACAACAGCUGCAGCGCUUCAAAUAAGCGCUUCACAGCUGAGAUCAUUGUUUAGGAUAGCAGGGUCGUCUGGUGGAACUUUCAUCGACGCAAUAAUAAACUUCUUCACGCACAUCACGACGAUACACCUGUGGGACUCUGUGUUGGGCAUCUCGACCAUUAUAGCUCUUAUUCUUCUUAAGCGUGCAGUAAUCCCAGUGUCAGAGACGUCAUCGGUCUGCCGCACGCAACUAGCGAAAUCGUGGCAGUAUGUGGUUCGCGCUAGGAACGCUCUGGUGGUGUUUGUAUGCGCUAUCGUUGCUUUCAUACUCAAAACAAAGGGACUCACGCCGUUCGCUCUCACUGGUACGAUUCAAGGCGGUCUGCCCAAUUUCAGUCCACCACCAUUCUCAACUGAAGUCCUGAACAAAACUUUGGACUUUGAAGACAUGCUCACAGUGUACGGUCCGGAAGGUUUAGUGAUGCCGCUAGUCGCUAUAUUAGAGAGCAUCGCCAUUGCCAAGGCUUUUGCUGGUGCCACAUCGGUGGACGGCACGCAGGAGAUGAUCGCGAUCGGCGCAUGCAACAUUGUCUCGUCGUUCGCGCAGAGCAUGCCGGCCACGGGCUCCUUCACUCGCACCGCUAUCAACCACGCCAGCGGGGUCACCACACCCGCUGGAUCCUUCUUCAAAGCAUGCCUGGUGCUGCUGGCAGUGACGCUCCUAGCUGAUGCGUUUUACUUCAUCCCAAGAGCUACCCUCGCCGGUAUCAUCAUGGUCGCUAUGUUCUCUAUCAUAGAGCUGACCAUCGUCAAGCGGCUGUGGAGGAAUAGCAAAAUAGAGCUGGUGGUUUACGCCCUGACUGUGGUGAUGGGAGCCUGCGUGGGGUUAGAGUACGGGAUACUGGUGGGAGUGUGUGCGGAUAUCCUGAGGGCGCUGGCACACACCGCGCGACCGAACAUACAUACCAGUAUGUUUAAGGUGGGGAACCAGGACUGCGUGUCGCUGGUGCUGGUGGGCGCGCUGUCGUUCGCGUGUUGCGAGAGAGUCCCGCGGGUUGUGCGCGGGGUGCGGGGGGAGUGGGCGCGCGCCCGCGUCGUCAUACUCGACGGCAGGCAACUGCACGCGAUAGACUAUGGCGUCGCUGAGAACCUAAUAUCUGUGAUACUAGACCUGGAGGAGGACAACAGAAGGAUCCUCUUGUGGAACUUUAAGGAGAGCCACCAGCGGCUGUUCGAGGACCUGCAUCCUGGCUUCUCGGAGAAGUUCGUCAGCGGUCCCAGCAUAGACCAGCACAUACUCAGUAUGUGCAAACACCAUUGGUUCUGUAACAUGAACGAAUUGAGUAUGAGUUGACUAUACAGAGCUGGGUUUGGAGCUACGAUAGCGGAACAAGGGAAGCGCCGGGUUACUUAACUAGUCUAUAAUUAAUACAUAUCAAAUGGAAAUAGGGUAAAGUGACCUAUUUUUGACAGAUCACAAAUGUAUCGCCUAUUUUAUUUAUAUAAUUUUAUCUAACCAUAUUUUUAUAAUGGACAUUUUUAAGUAGUUUUCUAAUGAAAACUUGGUUUAUAAAAGUGUUAAUCCUAUAGUUAAAUAUCUAAUAUGCCAAUAAAUUUGUGGAGUGUCAUAGUUGGGGUACUUUACCCUAUUAAAACUUAGUUAUAAGUAAAAAAAUAUUUUAUUAUUACAGUUGCUUUACUAUAGCUUCUAUCGUCCUUGGUAGAUAGUGUGGUGAAGUUCAACUCAUUGGCUAUAGAGGUACUUACAUUCAAAUUGUUAUUUUAUAUUAAUUUAAUUAGGGUCUAUUUGACAAUGUGCAAUGUUAUCCGAAAAUGACCGGAAUGCCUUUAGGAUGAAAGUGUUUUGUAUUACACAUUAUAAUUCAAUGUUGUGGAUGGUGUUAUUUAUGGGGCAAUCAUGAUGUUACUAAAAAUCACUAGAGGCAGACCUUUACUUGGGGGUGCAAAGUGUGUGACACCCAGCGCAGGGCCCAAAAGGGUGCAAGCCGAUGGCUCCCCCAAAAAAAAGUACCCGAAACAGGAGUCGAACAGACAAAGGGAACGCAGGCGGUAAUUCGCACAUCAGCGCCCGAUAUGGUUAUAACAGCUCCGACCAAAGAUAAAAAAAUUUAGGCCUUAUAAAUAUUUUUUGACCAUUUUUUAUUUAUUUACCACCUUUUUAAUAAACGAUCCUAAUUUUUUCUUUUCGAUCUGUCUUAAAAAUGGACCAAUCAGAUUUUUUUAUGACAUGCGUAUAAAGGAGUUAUUUUGAUUGGUUCAUUGUCGGAAUCGGAUCGAAGAUUGAGAUUGGGAUCGUUUAUUAAAAACGAAUGUUAAUAAUGUUAAAUGAAAAUAUAAUAAUCUAAAAACCAGUAGGUUUUUAAAGCAAAUAUAUCAUUCCAUUUUACUUCAAGAAACUAUGAUCCUUGUGAUAUUUUGUUAAAUGUGUAUUAUAAUAUUUUGUUACCAAUGUAGAUGAAUUUGUAUUAAAUAUUUGUUUUUGAGGUA